AUGGACGUCUUCCUUAGUGAAAGGAUAACAAAGAAAGGUUUACUCUACCCUAUAAUUGGUCUUGUAGUAUGUAUGACAGUCAUCAACAUAUCCUUUGGAGGCUUUGGAACUCAUGAUAAGGAAUCACAGAAGAGGUUUGUAAGAACAGAAGGAACUCAAUUCAUCAUUAAUGGAGAGCCAUUCUACGUUAAUGGUUGGAACUCAUAUUGGUUGUUAACUCAGUCCGUGGAGGAGAGAAACAUGAUUAGGAUUACUGCAAUGUUUGAAUCUGCUAUUGCUAUGGGACUUACAGUUUGCAGGACUUGGGCUUUCAAUGAUGGAGCCUACAAUGCUCUUCAAGUUUCUCCUGGAAGAUUUGAUGAAAGAGUUUUUAAGGGAUUGGACAGAGUGAUUGUAGAAGCACAAAGGCAUGGAAUCAAGCUGCUGCUAAGUCUGAGCAAUGACUGGUCUGAUUUUGGUGGCAAAAUACAGUAUGCAAAAUGGGCCAAGGAGGCUGGACUCAACCCUAACACUAACUCAAACGACUCCUUCUUCUUUGAUCCAUACAUUCGUGGCUAUUUCAAAAACUAUCUCAAGACUAUAAUAACCAGAAGAAACCAUUUAACUGGAAUUGAAUACAGAGAUGAUCCAACCAUCUUUGCAUGGGAGCUCAUGAACGAACCUCGCUGCGAGUCCGAUCCAUCCGGACGCACUUUACAGCAUUGGAUCGAAGAGAUGGCGAGUUAUGUAAAAACUAUAGAUAAGAAGCAUCUCCUAACGGUCGGCUUGGAGGGAUUCUACGGCCCCUCCAGUCCUCACAAAUUCAAAUUCAAUCCGACAGAGGAUUCCAAAAAUCUGGGAUCUGAUUUUAUUCCGAAUUCUGAAGUUGCAGACAUAGAUUUCACCUCUGUUCAUAUAUAUCCAGAUAUGUGGCUGCCUGCAAACAAAAGUUUGCCUGAGAAGAAAAGAUUUGUUUCCAACUGGGUCAUCUCCCACAUCAAAGAUGGAGAACAAGUGCUAAAAAAACCGGUUUUGUUCACAGAAUUUGGACUUUCAGCAAAGAGAAACAGCAUUAGCUACAGCCAACGAGAUGAGUUCUACAAACACAUAUUUGAUCUCAUAUAUAACUCUGCACUGCAGAAAGGAGCUGGAGCUGGAUCUUUUAUCUGGCAACUAUUUGUGGAUGGCAUGGAUGAAUUUUCAGAUGAAUUUGGGGUUGUUCCUAAGAAAAGGCCUUCACUUUAUUGGCUGUUAAAGGUGCAAUCUUGCAGGUUAGCAAAGGUUUCUCACGUCGAGAAAUGGGAAUGGUUUCCCUCACUUUUUCGAUCGGAGAAAGAUUCAGUUUGGCGAGCAGCAGAAGUAUAUUGCUGAAAAAGCGGUAUUUUGGUUUGUGAAUUUGUGAAGAAAUGGAUGUUUGGAAGUGGUUUUGAGGUCUUCAUAGGAUCAAUGGGGAUUUCAUUGAUGUUAGUUCAGUCAAUGUAGAUUAAAUAAUGAAGAGGUUGGAAAAAAACUUGUUUUCUUUAUGAUCAGAAAUGUUUACAUUGUGUGCCUCGAGUUAUAAUGGAGAAAAUGAUGAAGAAAUAUAGUGUUUUUUAGAAUGGAGUUAUGUGG